CUUUCCUUUCUUUCUUUCUUGCACCCCACGCCCACCGCCGCCGCCGCCGCCGCCGCCGUCGCCAUGGCCGAUCCGCGGCUGCACCCGUCGGGGUCCCGCGACGAAUCCGACGGCCGUCGCCUCUACGACCCGUACCAGGACCUCAACAUCCCCACCGCCUACAAGAACCUCUACGACCUGCCCACCUCCCCCGAGUUCCUCUUCCAGGAGGAGGCCCUCGUCCACCGCCGCUCCUGGGGCGAGAACCUCACCUACUACACCGGCGUAGGAUACCUCUCCGGUGCCGUCGCGGGGGCCGCGCUCGGCCUGCGCGAGGCCGCACAAGCCGCAGAGCGCGCCGACACGGCCAAGAUCCGAGCCAACCGCCUCCUCAACUCCUGCGGCUCCGCCGGACGCCGCGUCGGCAACAGGCUCGGCGUCAUCGGACUCCUCUACGCCGGCAUGGAGAGCGGAAUGGUCACCGCCCGCGACGGCCACGACGACUGGAUCAACAGCGUCGUCGCGGGACUCGCCACCGGCGCCCUCUUCAGGGCCGCACAGGGGCCACGCUCCGCAGCCGUCGCCGGAGCCCUAGGUGGGGUCCUCGCAGCCGCCGCCAUGGCCGCCAAGCAGGCUGCCAAGAGAUACGCGCCCGCCGCAUUCUGAUUCAUGCUCCCUCCCUCAUGGUAUCACAUCACAUCACAUUACAGUACAUUACUCGCUGCCGCCGCCGCGAUCAAUCGAAUCAGAAUCCGAUGGUCGGAACAAUUGUUUGACAAGGGAUGUACUAGUUUCUUCUUCGUUCAUACUGUAUUAUUAUUUGAUGAGAAGGGUCAUCUUCUCGACAAUUAUGGUAUUAUUAAGUGUUAUGCUAUAUGCAAUCGAUGCCAUCGGUAUCGGAUCAGCAGACGAAUUUUUGACAUGCCUUGUUGCAAUGUAACAUCUUCUUCAUCACUACAACUUAGUUAGCGACUUUGUUGGUGGGUGCCAGACUUAAUAAUACAACUGUCAGCGUUUACAUUA